GAUGUCCAUAACAUCUGCAAAGCUGGUGGACUUGGACAGCGACACUGUGUCCUCCUCCGCUUCGCGGUAGUCCAUGCUGGGCCUGUCCAGGUCAAAUGUUGCCGACGCCGUCAUCGACACUGGUGCCAUUGGGUCGGGGACCAGCUCUGAUACCAUAGAGACCAUGUCCUUGUCCUCGUCGUCUUCUUCUUCCUCCUCCUCUUCGGUGACGUCGCUGAUGACAAAGGAGGCUGCGGCCGUGGCGGCUGGUUGGUAAGGGGCAGUCUCGAAAGGUGCCAUGGAGAAGCUCAUAGUGGUGUCGUCAGGGGAAAGAAGGUCAGGAGUUAAGGGGUUGGAGCCUGUAAUAAACCAAGAAUACAACAAUCCACCGCUGGAUUACAAGAAGAUCCACAACAAGAGCUGCACACAGCGCUUUUGAGAGAGGAUGUCGCCACUGCUGGAGCGGAAGUGGCUCAGAUUCAUGGUGGGGGAAUUAAUCACUGGGCGGAGCUUCAGUGUUGACCUGUCUUACAAUGAUAUCAUAACACUGCAAUGAGAGGACGGCGCCCUCCUGCAUCCCUGGUCGAGUGACCGAUGCUGUAAAGUGUGCCAAAAGACAGUCAUGGGGAAUAAAAGGAGGAAAGAUGCCAAUUGAGCCCCUCAUCCCUUUAUCACCAGCACCAAGGCAGCAGCCAGCAUCAAACUAAAGACAGAGAGAAUGGCUCAGUCUGUGAGGAGAAUGGACAUUGUCGGGUCCACGGACCACAAGCCUCAGAGGGACAAGACCCGGACCAGCUACUUUGGCAAUGUUAAGUCCAGGCUGGGCUCCAAGUUGCCUCCCGGUGUCUCUCAGCCGCCACAGUUUGCUAAGCGGUCCUGGGACACUCAACCUCAGGCCCGAGGUUUACAGGACCCUUUAGCCAGCAACCAACGGUACUAUCAUCAUCAGUACCAACCCCACCUUGGUCGACCUCUGGACCACAUCCCUCACAUCAGAAACCCUAUACUGCGACAGUAUUACCUACAAGGAACCUCAUGGGAUGUGAACGCUGCCGUGAAACAAGAGCAAACAGGCCGACAUACUUCACAUGAUGGCAAAAACUGCACGGAUAAGUCAGUGUUUAGCAUCUCAUCGCACGUCAGCAGCAGUGAUACAGCUCCCCAUUCCUCGUCUCAAUCAUCACCUUUGUGUGCUACGCUGGUCCACACAGAGCAGGAGCAGGUUGGAGCAGGAAAGAGCACCUCUACUGAGCAAGGAUCACCUGAAGCGCAUUUGGAUUGUCAUGGUAAAGAGAAGAUGGAUCCAGAGACUUUUAAUCUCCUCUCAGCUCCGGCUCAGUCACCCUUGCCAGAAGCAGAGUACGACAAAUUACUGGAUGUGGAGGCGGUACCGAUGCCUGAUGGACAGCUUUGCCUUUUGGCUCUUCCACCUGAAUGCUGUGAGGGGGAAGGGCCAGAUGCCACGCCUUAUCUAAAAUUGUUCUGCCGCCACAUCACUGACCGCAAGGGUGUGGUUUCAGGUAUCCUCCUGGUCACGACAAACAAGAUCUUCUUUGAUCCGUGCAAGACGCAUUCCCUGGUGAAGGAACACGGCUGUGAGGAGUACGUCCUUUCAUGCUCUGUGGACAAUCUGGCGUCUCUCUCUCUCUUCUCGGACAUCUCACACGUUCACUUCACCCACCACUCCCAGAAGAGGAGAAGAGGGAAGAAAAUGUUCCAAAAGCUAAAAACUAGCAAGAGGGAAUCAGGUUCAGCUUUGACACUUGCAGCUUUGUCCAGUUUGAGUCUUAAAGAAGAGGCUGUAGGAAAUAAGACAACUACUAGAGUGUCGGAGGAGGUUGGUAGCAGCCAGAAUGAGGCGUCGUCAGAAGCAUCUGGAGGACCUCUCGGCAUGGCGGCCACCUUCUGCUGUGGAGCUCCAGAUUUGACAAAUCAAGUCAAGAGUGUAGAGUCAGUGGAUAGUCCAACUACAGUGCCUGGAAGGUCCUCGGCAGAAAGUCCAGGAAGUGUCAUGUUUGUGCGUCUGCGGGUUCAGUCGCCUGCAGGAAAGACAAAAAGUGCCGGAGGCUUUCAGUUUGGGAUGAACCAAACCACUGCAGCGAGAAGGGAAGCUUGGCUUGCCCUCUCGCAGGAGAGCUCCGACGAGCUGUACGCCUUCCUUAAGCAGCGGCGACCAGACUUGUGUCUACUCAAGGGUGGAGAACAGGAAGGGGAUCGCCACGAAGAGGAGUUUGUACUGGUGGAGGACAAAGACGAGGAGGAUGAGGUGGAGGAAGAGGAGGAGGACGUGUUACAGAAACAGCAUAGUUCAGGAGAUGACUGGGAGAUGGUGUUGAUGGAGGACAGCGGUGGGGACAAGCCAGCCCUGCUCACUGCAGACAAGGACCCUGAAGGACUACAGAAUAUUGUAGAGAGCAGCCACAUUUUGGAAGCUUCACAUGUCAGAGAGCUAUGCAAGGAGCUGCCACCCAAGACGGUGGGUCAUACCUGGCAGUUGGUGUACAGUAUGUCUCGCCAUGGCGCCAGCCUCAAGUCCCUUUACCGAAAAAUGAGCGCUACCGAUUCGCCGGCGCUCGUCGUCAUCAAGGAUGCGCUGGAUGAGAUAUUCGGCGCAUUCCUGUCGCACCCGCUGAGGCUCAGUGAGGCAUUUUACGGCACGGGGGAAACUUUUCUCUUCAUGUUGCAUCCGCGCUUCAAGUGCUUCAGGUGGACUGGAGAGAACUCCUUUUUCAUUAAAGGGGACCUGGACUCUUUUGCCAUUGGUGGAGGAAGCGGCCACUUUGGUCUGUGGGUGGAUGAGAAUCUGUAUCUGGGCCGCAGCAGCCCCUGUUACACCUUUAAUAACUGUUCCCUCUCGGAAACCGACGACUUCCGAAUCAUGGAGCUGGAAGUGUGGACAUUCAGCUGAGAGAGAGAGAGAGUCCCAGUGGCGUUGGACUGAACGAGCAUGGCUGUGAUUCCACAUUGUACCAGUCGGGUCAUUUACACAGACUUUGACGACUUGGACUUUGGAGCGCUCGCUUCCUGCCUGAAGGGAAGUUUUAAUGGGUGAUUCAUUCCUGUGAAUACGAGAGACUUUUGCACUUGUCUUCAUUUGUGAAUCAGUGAUGAUGUCAUCAUUUAUCAUGUGAACAGCUCUGCAUCCUCAUCCCCAGCCCUGUAGAAAGAAAGUUAGCGAAGACACUCACGGAUAGCAUUAUAUUUAGCAUACAGAGUAUUAUGUAUGCUAGUGAUGCCUUCUUGACAGCUUGUCAAUCAAUACAGUAGAUGUGUAUACAAAUAAAGCCUGUCAAUUGGUAAUCAUAUGUACCAUAUA